CCGCCCGAAAAUUGUGGUGGGAGGGUACUGAAGUCAAAUGUAGGAGAACAGCUGUGAGUUGGUAGGCUACGCGUCUUCGGAGAGGAAAGGUAAAGGAGUCGCCGCGAGUUUUUGUUCCCAUCCUUCUUCCAGGAGGGAAUCCGCAGAUUUACGGUCUCUGUGAGAAGAGUCUAAGUGGGUUUCCUUACAAUCAGUCUCGUCUUUAGCUGAAAGUUUCUCCAAUGUGCGCAAACGGGCUCUACUUUUUCACCGUCCUGUCUGGACUGGCAACUUCAGGUGUGCUGCAGGUCAGCGGGAUUCGUAUAUACACAUCUGGGAAUAUUGAGGCGGUCAAUGGGACAGAUGUUCGUCUGAAGUGCACGUUUCAGAGUUCGUCUUCCAUAAACCCCAAUGCCGUCAGUAUCUCCUGGACCUUUAGACCCCUUGGACCAGGCCGAGAAGAGUCGAUAUUCCACUACCAGCAGCGACCAUAUCCUCCCCUGGAUGGCAUCUUCAGGAAGCGCAUUGUUUGGGCUGGUGAUAUCAUGGGCCGUGAUGCCUCCAUCAUAAUUCAACAGGUCAAAUUCAUCUACAACGGCACCUACAUCUGUCAAGUGAAGAAUCCACCAGAUGUCCAUGGCACGGUCGGAGAGAUUCAACUCCGUGUUGUCACCACAGCCUCUUUCUCUGAACUUCUCCUUCUGGCCUUGGCCAUUGGAGGUGGCAUCGCUCUCGUGGUCAUCCUCCUCAUCAUCAUUGUUUCCUGCAGGAGGUGCAAGAGGAGAGAGAGACAAAGACAACUAGAGGAAAAGGAAGAAGCUCCCCGCAAAGAGAGAAAGGACCCCACUGUGUGUCACCCAUUAAGGGCCGUCCACCUCUAUGUGUCACAAACAUCCAUAGAGAUUGACAGUUCAGACGGCAUGAUCUCAGACCCUAGCACCAAAGAUCCAAGCUCCUCGGAGGAUGAGGGUCCUCACUAUGAUGACGACUAUGGUGAUGACUCCAUCUGAGAAGGUGAGACAACAGAACAGAAAGACGGAGACACCGAAGUGAAGCCAGCCAGCAAGGACUGGACCCCAAUGAAGGCCAUACUGCUGUGAAGUAGGCGCUGCUGCUGUCAUGAAAACAAGCACAUUGUUAAAAAAAAUGUGAGAAACAAAUAACAUUUAAACCUUUUUAAACAAGAAUAGAGACAUUGAAUCUUCUGAUAAGAGGCAAGACUUUAUAAUUGGAUCAGAAGUACAAUAACUUUUCUUUCGGGAGGUUUCAGAAAUGUUAAAAUGAGGGAAGAAAUGUUGGCUAAAACUUGAACAAAAUGCUGCUGCUUUUGAACCAACAGAUAUUGUAAUACUGGAGGUGGACUGGCUGGUGUCUGGAGAAAAGUGUUGUGUUCUUGUUCAGUACUGGUUUAGACUUGAUUUUAAGUGCAGGAAGUCAGCAAAAGCAGCUGAAGCAAGUGCCUGAUUUCACAGAACAUAUUAGGCUGUAUGCAGCUAAACUGAGAGAGAUGCUUUAAUGGGCUAUUAACAGAUCUUAUGCCUAGAGCUGUCCCUCAAAAAAAAAAUAAAUAAAAUAAAAUAAAAUAAAAUCUUAUCUUGAGUAAUCUGUAGACU